GUCGGCGGGGGAGGGGGUGGCCGUGGACUGGCUAUGGUUCUGGAAAACGGCGGCGAUGACGUCAUCGGCGGCGGAGGAGGAGGAGGAGAGGGGCGUGGAGAAGUGGUGCACCGCCAGCGCCGAAUCACCCUGCCAUCGGGUAUCCUGCUCGCCGACGCUAUCCCUCUCGGCGAGCACGAGAAGCAGACAAGGAGCUUGCUCCGGAUUGCUGUAUACAACAUCAGCUACAUCAGAAGCCUAUUCCCUGAGAAGUACUUCAGUGAUAAGUCUGCGCUGGCAGUAGAGAUGAAGCUUAAGAACCUGAUGCAUAUGGAUGCUGACCCCAAGAGACUGAUUCAUUGGAUGAAGAAAGUCUCACUCAGCUAUCCAACUCAAAUGGGGAGGAAGUUGCAAUGAACAUGAGUCGCACAGGGAGCAAAAAGAAUAGUGCCACAUUCAAGUCAAAUGCAGCAGAAGUCACUCCUGAUCAGAUGAGAACGCUGGUGAGAACCUUGGACAGCAUGACAGAAAAGGAAAUGGUGGAAGAUGUUUUGGAGAAGCUGCUGAAUGAUGAUCUACUCUCCAGGGCAAGCAAGGAUGGUUAUGCUGCUAUCAAGAUUUCUGAUCCCGGAACAGCCUACAUGAAGGCAGAGGUCACCAUGCACAAUGUUUCACCUACCGACGGAGCCAAAAUCGGCAGUGGAUAUCUGAAGUGUAUGAAGGUCAAGGAACCGAUCCUCCAGUAUCAAGCCCCACAGGUCCCAGUCCACUGAGGGCGGCGGAACAGCACUAGUCAAGGACGACUAACCCCGUAGGCCAGGUGCAACUGGGCAAGGUAGAUGAGCAACAGGGCAAGUCCAGAUCAGAAAAUGAUGGAACUGUGCAAUGAAGCGAGUUGACUGGAGUAGAGGACUCCCAAGCAAAUUUCAUCUCUUCUGAGAUUAGACAGCCAGCAAUGUGUUUGGUUCUCCCAAUCUCUUUUGCCCAUAUUUCUGCUGGUAAAAACAAGACAUGGAAUCUGGAGGCAGACCAUGAGGUAAGAUAGAUGUCACUCUUGUAAGUAUGCUACAUUCGCCUGCUCUUUUCUCCCCAUUUUCCUAUUUCUACUUCCGAACCAUGGCAAAUAGUAAUAAAUAACUAGUCAUCGAUUUAGGCAUUUAGCGCAAGGUACAUUUGUUUGUAUUGGUAAAAUGGUCAUUCCAGAAUCCCUCGCUUGAAAGUGGACUCCUUAGCCUCAGUUCAGUUGCAGCGUUAAUGCUUUGUACAUAUGCACUCGGAGAUUAAGGCAUUUGAAAUUAACUCAUCAAGAUAUCCACUAACAGAAACUCCAGAUUUGCAUAUAGUUUAUGAUGUAUUGAUUUAGAAAUAGAGAGAAUGCAUUUAAGAUGUCCCUGAACGUUUGUGAUGUGGAUCCAAGUUGUGGUGAGCUGCAUCCGGUCAACGUGCUGUGGGAAGAGGUAUGUGCAUGCUGCUUCGUGCCAUUUUACUACAUGCCAUCCAGCUUUUGUUCAUCUUCUUUCUAAGGUUAUUAAAUUCAUAUAGGUAGGCAUAGGAAUUGGUUCAGGUGGUUUAUGUUAAAUUGUUUAAGUUGGUUCAGGCUAAAUUAUAAAAAAAAUGGUGUACCGUUUCUCAACAUGGUGAAUGAGCUGCAGUUCGGUUGCAUAUGUGCAGUUGUGAGUAAACUUUGUCAUUCUAAGCUGGUUCUAGAGUUCGGUUGCAUAGGUGGUGAUGGAAGUUAAUCUGCUAAGCUGGUUCUAGAGUACUUGGCCUAGGUUAUUUAGACAAGUUUGCCGUUUAUUCUGGGAUACAUCAGUCGACUGAACGGCAAAAACUCCAAUUGUUAUUUUUAGGUCUUUAAAGAUUACCAUUUGACGUAGUGGUCUACAGAUGUUACAUUUGGAAGGUUAUUUUGCAUAAUUCCAUUGACGGCUAGAGAUGUUGUGUUUAGGUUGACGCCACUGCAAGUUGAUGAUGCCUGCUGUCAAAGCGGCGACAGGAAGUGGAGAGUGAAAAACAUAAAUAAAUAAAGUAGUAGAGAGUAAGAUGUCCGAUUCUAAUCCUUUCAAUUGAUGUUUCUUUCUGUCAUUUUUUCCGUUUGUGCUUCCAGUGACCCCCGGUUAAGAAGUUAUAGAAUUGAACUGAAGAUGUUUUGGCAGGAAACAAGCUGGUUAGCAGAAUCAUGCAACGCAUGAAAUGAUUGCCUAAGCAUUAAGAAUCAGACCAGAUUUAAUUACUACACAAAUUCCACAUAUCUUGGUUAUGUUUGUUAUUGAUCUAAUAAAUGUGGUCACCCGCA